AUGCCGGUCUACACCUUGCCAGCAUUUCUUCUCACGUUACUAGUGAGCUCCAUUGUCAUUGCGGAGCCUAUUGCGACAUUCGAAGGUAGCAAAGUCACGUACCAGGGCAUGACUAAAGGCACCGUAGAGCAUUUCCUGAAUAUCAGAUACGCCCACGACACGUCUGGCCUGCGGCGCUUCGCUCCUCCAGAACCGUACACCCCACCGGAGGGAAGCGAGAUUGCUGCCACAGAAGCCGGGCCAGCAUGUCCGCAAACCCAAACAGCACUGCCCCCAUUCUUUGACGAGACUCCGUGGAUCAGCGAGGACUGCCUCAACCUCCGGAUUUCCAGACCGGCUGGAACCAGUGCGGGAGAUAAACUCCCCGUGGUCGUCUGGGUCCAAGGUGGCGGAGUGGUCAAGGGCUCCGCGUACGACUCUCAUUCGGAACCAGACAAUCUGAUCGCACUUUCGGAAGAGCUCAAGAAGCCCGUGAUAUAUGUGACGUUUAAUUACCGUCUCACGAUCUUCGGCUUUGCCCGGCUCCCGAUCUUGAAAGACCAGCAGUCAUUAAACGCGGGCAUGCGGGAUCAGAGAACGGCGUUCGAAUGGGUCAAGGAUAACAUCGCAGCAUUUGGCGGCGACCCCAAUCGCGUCGCCCUCUUCGGUCUGAGUUCCGGUGGUACCUUCUCUUCGCUAUAG